AACUUUCCUAAAAGACUAUUGUAACUCUUUCUUUUCUUGAUUUACAUGUUAUACACUAUUAUUUUCUCAACAUAUUAAUUUUUGAAAUUUUUAACCUUAAUUCCUUUGUCUUUAGCCUCCCAACAAAAGUUGGUUAGCUCUGCCCCUGGCUGGAUUACUUCAUAAUUACUUGAACUGUAAUUCUGUUACAGCUUAUGCGCAUUUCUGCAAGAUUUAACAGUAUCUUCUUGCCACUUGUUAUUUUAUUUAGCAUGCUUGAAGACGGUAGAAAUCAUAGAUGGCAUUUUUAUAGCCUUCUUUACUGCAUAUUUAUGAUGCAAGAACAUAUUUCAUCACAUUUCUACUGUUGUGCCUUGUUAUAUUAAGUUUAAACAUUAACGUAUGUGAAUAAGAAUUGCCUGGUGAAUGAAUGAUCUUGUGGGAAAUUGACAAAGAUAUUGCCCCUAAUAAAGUGCUUUGAGGGAAUAUAAUUUAUGUAGUCAACCUGAAGGUUUGAAUAUGCUUUGGUUUAUUGGAGCAACACAUCUCUCUCCAAAAGUAUCAUGUGAUGUAUGACCUUGCAUAUUGUGCUGGAUCUGCUAAUAAAAAUUUCUGCUUGCUGCACCUAAUUGCGAAUUUGCAAUUUUAAUGUUGUUCUGCAGACUAAUUUUGACAUUUAUCAUGAUACUCUGUGCAGGACAAACCUCACUUAUUUCAGUUUGUUCCAAAUGAGAAACAGGUAAAGGAAGCCAACAAGCUUCUUAAGGCAAUCCCACAAGAUGGUGAAAGGAGAAAGGUUGAUGGUGUGCCUGUUUUUGGUGCUCGAAACUUGGAUAUUGCAAUAGCUACUACAGAAGGGAUUAAGUGGUAUACUCCAUACUUCUUUGAUAAAAACAUGCUGGAUAAUAUUCUUGAAGAAUCUGUUGAUCAGCAUUUCCAUGCUUUAAUUCAAACCCGACACAUGCAACGUCGACGUGAUGUGAUUGAUGAUAACUUGGCAGCUGAAGUGGUUGAAGAAAUUGGAGAUAGCAUGUGGGAGCCUCCAGAGGUUCAAGAUGUUUUGGAUGAGAUUGGUCAUCCUGCCAUACCCUUGAGUGUCAUUUCAAAGGCUGCUGAGAUUCAGCUUCUCAAUGCUGUUGACAAAGUACUCCUGGGUAACAGGUGGUUACGGAAAGCGUCUGGCAUUCAACCAAAAUUUCCUUAUAUGGUUGAUUCAUUUGAGAGAAGGAGUGCAGCCUCUUUUCUUAGAGCCUCUGAGUCAGCUGCAUGCCUUUCCAACACUGAAACGGAGAGCAGCACUUCAGAGCUCAAAUUAGUCGAUGAUGUUAAAGCUGACAAUGGACGGAGACAAGAUUUUGGAUUUCCUUUUGGAGAUUGGUUUAGUCAUCCAUGGUUGAAAGGAGAAGGGAAACCUAAACAGAGAAUGGAAAGCCCAUCAAAGGAAAGCAAAAAGCAAAACUUUCAAGCUAAUCCCUUUCUACCAAAGAUUACAAUGGUUGGCAUCUCAGCUGGAGAUGGACAGAUGAGCAAAUCUAGUUUGAAGAAGACUAUGGAAGAUCUGACAAGAGCGUUGGAGCGGACAGAUCAGGGAAAUACCACUGAUAGUGACAGUGAGGAGUUAAAAGUUGAAGAUAGAGAUCCACUAUUUGUUGCAAAUGUAGGUGAUUACCAUUCUGGCUUGGCAAAGACUGGUUCAGCACGAUGGGUUCGAGGAGGAAACAACUGAAAGAGACUCACUAAUGGCAAUGCUUAUUUGGCAAGAAUUUAUUUAUGACAGAUGUAAAGUUAGCAAUGCAUUUUUUUUGACCGUUCUCCUUUGAAGUCUAAGAAGGUAGAUGCGCCAUGUUGCAUUCACAAAGGCUGUAUGUAAAGAAAUUAGAUAAAGGGGUCUAGGUGAUCUAUUUGGUUGAGGUUUUAGAAUCCAUAUGGCUCAUAAGUUUGAAAGUUGAUUCCUUGUAUAACGGAAUAAGCAUUAUACGUUUUCCUCUGAGCUUUACCCUCAGCCUGCAUUGUAAAUAGGUGAAAGUCAAGAUUUUGUUAUGGUUUGCAGGUGUCUCAUGUAAAGCUUGGACCCUUUGUUUUGUGUUAAUUAUGGGAAUGCGUCUUUUUAUUGGGAACA